AUGGGGGAAGCCAAAAUCACUUCUACUACACUAACUACGCUGGACUUGGAAAGAAGAAGAGGAUAUACAUCUAGGAAACCUGUUGGCCUUGAUAUCACCGGGAAUACGCCAUGGAGUACUAGUAACUAUCUCGAGCUCCAAUUGAUUGAUGGGCAAGCAGCAGCGCAAGAUCUUCGAAUACCAAGACUUCUUGAAGAAUAUCUCGGAGGCCAAGACUUACUUUGGGUCAUUGCGCAACAAAAAGGCGUAACGAAGUGCAAACUUUUUUACUUUGAUAGUUUGUUAGCUAUUAAAUUUACUGUUGGUAAUAUUAGCACUAUUUUUGUCCCUUCUUGA